AUGUCCAAUACUAGUGCUGUUCUUUCUCAAAUGUCCCCUCCUACUGGAGUAUCUACGGCAGCACAAUUUUCCCUUGAGGGUCAGGAGUAUCUGGCGGUGGUGCGUGUAUCUGUGCUGCACAUUUAUAAGGUAAAAGAUGAUAGAAUACAGUUCAUUAUCUCACAAAGCUUCGCAGAACGAAUUUUGCAAGUGUUUCCCCGUAUCUUCAUUGACGAGCUUUCAGGAAUGGAGAAACUCCAGCUUUUACUCUGCUUUGAUUCCCACAAAGCUGUCCUGUACGCCCUAACUGGCCUUCGUCUGUCUCAGCUUAUGAUCUACGACUUUACUGUUACUGCAGAAGAAGCAUUAGCCCAUGAGCAGGCGUCUUAUGCGCUGUAUGAUAACUCUAUUCUAGUCUGUAUCUGUGGCACAAUUCGUACUUAUAUUGGACUUGCCCAGCUUGAUACAGGCUCCAUCAUCCUAAUACCUUUCGUUGGUGAGAAGAUUAUUGAUGUGCAGUGCCUUUCUCGCUCUUCUACUAACGGCCCUCAGCUGGGUAUUCUAACUAGCUUUCCUGUCCCUGCACAAAGGUGGGCGCGUAACGCUCGUGGAGCGCAUCUUCACGUCUAUACCAUAGAGUAUAACGGUGCCGGAUUGUCUUCUGAAAAGUCAUCUCAGAGAGAUGCGUUUACGCUGGCCCUGCAGCAUAAGGUCUCCAACCUUCCCUCAGAUAGCUAUAGCCUUACGGCUCUUGAGGAUCCGCUUAAUCUAUUUUUAGUCCAUUCCACACGAGUUUUCGUAUUAGUUAAUCCAACUGAAAGGACUUUUCAACCGCUACACUUUCGUUUCUCCUUCCUUCCAGAGGAACAGACGUGCAGUAGUGCAUAUAUAAAAAGCGCCAUAUCACAGUGUGCAUCAUUGUCAGGGUCUCAUCUUUCUCCGUUUGCUGAGAAGUUUACUGCUUCUUCAGAUUUGAAGCUUGUGAGCAACAAGCUAUUAUCUCUACAUAACGGCAUACUUACAACAGAGAAAACACAAUUUAAUUCUGUUCACCGGGCUACUCUACCCAUUGCACCCACACUCAUGCCUGCUCACCCUAUCAAAGGAGGUCUGGAGUACCCUUAUUACGGAUUCAGCAUAGACCGACCAGAUGAGCCUGUUUGUUUAUCACAAAUUAGCAACGUUUUGGGUGGGUUUCCUGCGUUAGAUCUACACUUAUAUAUGGAAGCAUGCGGUUCUACGCAUAUCGAUAAUCUACUCCGAUUUGAAAAUCGAACUAGAAGUAGCAUUACUCCAGGAGAGUACAUCAACAUGUCAGCGUUCGGCAAGUAUCCGUCGAAUUUGGAGUACCUUGGCCCUCGGUCAGAUGUGUUUAAUUACCUACAGAUUCCCCCGUUAAAUGGUACGCGUGUGUGUUAUUUGAAAAGCUCUACUACCAUGUUGAAAGGUUGGCACAACAUCUUAGUGAUGGAUAGCAGGGGUUUAUCAUUUAUUAUGCGAUUUCAUAGCGAUAACGGGGCGAUUACUAAGCAGAGCUUGGAGUUGUAUCCUGUUUGUCUUUGUGAUCGCAACGCAGCGAUAACGACAGGUUCUCCUGCGAUGCUGUUUCCGCCUUCCGUGAUCUUGGCUCUUUCAGCAGCCUCUACAAAGAAUACUCCACUGGGAUACGAACUGGAACGCAGAUAUCGCGCAGUAGCGGAACUCCCAGCUGACGUUAGGCCUAGAGAAGAUAAGGUACAAUGCGACGUCCAACAUCCAUAUCAUGAUCUUUUUUCUGUACGGGUAUUCGUUGGCUCUCUUGUUGAGGACUCUCUCUUGUGUAUGAUAACGAUGUCAACUGCAACACCAAAGCAAGGAUACUACUAUGAUUACAGGCCGUGCCCUCUACCAGGUGAGACGAACCAUGCAAAUAUAACUAAGCUUGCACAAGCCUUGUAUGCCUCGUCCUCCAUAACUGAGAGCACCGCGCCGCAUUUAUCUUCUCUUUCAUCUCCGUUAGUUACUUCCGAGUCCAGUGCGGAGACAAGAAAAAUCCAGAUCUUUGGUCAGAGCUUCAAUGUAGAAAACUAUCAUAGAAUUAGGAUCUUUGCUAAUGCAAAACUGCUCAAGCCUUUUUCGGGAAGCAUACUCCGUCUUAUCGAGCGUCAAACUACUCAUCUUCCAACAUAUGACACUGUGAUGCACGGGCUUGUCUUUCCAUACGCAAUUCUCCCCUCCAUGUCUUCUGUUAAGGAUGCUUCCGCCAAGCCCGUCGGUUUGGGUGAGCAGAAGGAUGCAAAUGCUCGACCUCGCCUUCAUCUGCUUCACGAGGCCGGUGCUAUUUCCAUGGUUAGCUCUUACGCGACAUCUACGACUUCUUCGCAGUUUAAGUAUGCUCAGAAGAUGAACAGACUAGACGACAGAGCAACAUCUCUCUCAGAUAGCUACGUCUGCGCUUUUUACCAUAUGAAUCCAGAUGCAAACAACCAUCGCUCAUUGAGAUCUAUGUUUUCUGGGGCUACGUCUUUCAAUAUUCUCGUCACAUCGCGGGAUGGAACAAACGUAAUGUCCAUUACCAAAGACACCGAUCUUUUCAGCUCUACGUCGACGAAGAAAGAACUGUCAAUACACCCAGUGAGCACGCCAGCAGUACUUCAUCAACCAACCAUUCUAGCAUUUACCCUCGCAUGCGGCGUUUCUGUUCAAGUGUGCCCUCUAGAAAUGGUGCUCUUUGCAUACGAUGGCCUGGAGAAAGUCUCGGUAUCAAUUGGCGAGCUAGCGUCGUCUUGUAAACCGCAGAUGCUUCAGGAUUGCUCCGAACAUUUGGCGAUCUUACAUGCCGAAAGCGACUAUGUGAGAUUUCUGUUUUUGACUACUUCUACUGCAAUCUUCUGUGUACCCUUGCCUACUUCUAAGGCAGAUCUUGUGGGAUAUCGUACGCCUGUUAGCGAAACUGCGUUGUGCAUUUAUACCAUGACCUCAAUAGAGAACUUUUGCUCAUCGGCCUUCUUGUCUGCAAAGAACUCUGAACCAUUAUUGGCAUACUUGUCUUUGUCAAGAGUAGAGGUACUUGCUGCAGACUAUCUCAGCUCUGAGGAAGCAUCACGUGUUUCGAAGGAUGUGUUUAUGAAGAGAAUUCACACCUUAGUUUCGACGAUUAAUGACGACCAUACAUCAUUAGGUUGCUUAUUUGCUGUGACUUCUAACGCAAGGAUAAUCUUUAUUCUCCUACUAGAACACAAAACAACACAAUCCCUCCUAUAUUUACCUCUCUGGGUUUGGCAGGUAUAUGAGCAGAACCUUCUCGAAAAGGAUCACAAGAGCAAGAUCUCUUUCCGCACUAACACACACAUUCUCUCACUACUGCCGUACAUAUGCACUUAUGGGGUUUUCGAAUGCUGUACGUCAGCGGAAUCAACAAAAGAUAUAACUGGAAACAUACUGAUGGGGCGCCAGGUUAGUCCUCAACCUUGUCAAUCGUCAGACAUGCUUCUCCCAUACAACACAGCGUACAUGACUGCUCUUUUCGAGACACAGCGAGACACUAUAGCCUCUGAAAUGACUCCAGAUAGAUCUCUCGCUAAGCAUACAAACCACUUGAGCACUGAGAUUAACACUAGGCGCAUUUCUAGCAUUUAUGUGUCAUCAACACCCAUCAUUUCUCAAGUCUGUACCCCUGUCCCUUCACAAUUUGAUUCUACAGAGGAGAACAUGAAGAGUACUGAAAUAAGCACAAACAUUACGCUAUUCAUUGCGUACUUUGGUGGGCAUACGUCUGUACAUCGGAUUGGGCCACAAUUAGAUGCCCAGCAUAAAUUGUGUGCUACGCUGGGAGACAGUAUAGCUCUUACCACUCAACCGAUAUCAACCAAAUCCGUGGCGACAAGAUCCAUUGAUUCCUCUUGCAGCUAUGAGUACUCAGACUUGUGGUCAGACGUUGUCUCCCUUUCUUUUCCUACUAAAGAAAAGGUAGUCACAAAGUCCGUGGCCCUUAGAAUUGGUCGUCCGUUUCGGCCGAUCUACCUUGUUGAUGCUGGGCCUCAGCAAGAAAGCCUCUCCUUGCCAUUAAUAUUCAUUGGCACACCACGCCCCACAACGGGUGCGACACCUGUGUCUUGUAUUGCAGUCCCCAAUCUGUUCGGGUCAUAUAGCUUGCACAUCCUGGGUCGUACACAGUCUUAUCUUCUUUUGAACAAACGGUAUUCAAUACCCAUCCAACAUCCAGUGAGGCAGAUGCUUCCUAUUUGCUACAUUCCUGGUUGUUCUUUCCCAGCGUGUCUAAAUCUCAUUGAUUCAAGUCUCCCCAUAUCAAUGAUGACACAGGGAACAUCUCCACAUGUCAUGAGCAACUUUACAAACAUCCCACACGUCUAUCUACACAGAAAUGGAAUAGAGCUAGGCAGCAUAGAAAACAUUUACUUUGGAACGCACUUGCUUUACAAGGAUGUUUGUGAGAAAGAGUACAAGGACACGGCCAAGGGCUGCUGCUUCCUGAAUCGCCGCCUGACGCACUCAAGAAAAAAUAUAAUCUACAAUCUGCUUUACUUAGCAUCUUUUGGAAAUAAUACACAAAUGCCCGUACGCACCAUACUGAAUCUUCCACCAAGCCUGAAGGGAAGUAAGAUGUGUUACAACGUGGAGAGCGAUGCAUUUGCAGUGGUGUCACACAUCGAGCGCUAUGAGGUCCGAAAUCCCCGAUCGAUCGCUAAGGAUGAAGUUGCUGGGAUAAAGGUUUCAGAAGAGAUCAAGGCGCUAAGGGACUACCAUCGCAUAGGUGACAUGACAGAGGAGGAUGCCCUCCUGAGUGCACAAAAGGAUGGAGAUCAGGCGCAGCUCGAAGCCUAUACGCGCUUCAAAGAGGAAGGACUCGUAAGAGCAAAAGAGAUCAUGCUCGCCAGUCCGCCAACUUAUAACUCCUUCAUGAAAGUCAAGUUCGAAGCCCUUCUACUUAUUGUUAACGAUCCAUCAAUGAGCAAGUAUCGUGUAUGCGACUAUUACUUGUAUGAUUUAAAACGAUACGAGACGUCUACAACACUUGUGUCUGACACAAUAGAUUCCCAGUUCCCUCGCCGCUUUGGUAGUGCCUGGAGGCACGAGGGUGGAAUAUCCCGUGAUGACUUCGGCUGCAUAAACAGGCGUAACUACCAUAACUCACAAACUAGUGAGCAAACCAGUUCCAAGCCUCGUGAAAUCCUUAGGUCAGGAACAAAAGAGCUUAUUCUGCUGGGCACUGGAUACCUACUUGGGCCAGAUGAAAAGUGCUAUGGAACAUGCAAGAUAUUAGCGCUUGAAAAGACUGACAAAAACGAUGACAUCAAGGCUAACAAGUGGAAUUUGGGGGCAUGGUCGUCUUUCUUUGCAUUCAGGCUAAUUACACAAGAGGAAUUCCAAAAUGUAAUAACAACUGUGCGCUCAUUCCCUGCAGCGCGAGUUAUUCUUAUCGGAGAAAACAAGCGCAUAUGCGCAUAUCAUUUAGAGGAUAGCUGCCGUCUCACCUGCUGCAGCGUUUUUGAGCGUUGCGGUUACAUAUCAAAUAUCUCACGGUUUAACGAGUUUAUUUCUGUCUCUGAUCUUAUGUUGCGCAACGGUCUGUACGUGUUUAGAAGCCGCGGAAGCAGAAACAAUCCUAUCAGCUACUCAUCCAACGAUCUUCCUAUAUAUGCGAGUGACUUCUUGGUCUCCGGGGUGACCAAGGAGAUGAAUGUUAUUGGAGUUAGUUUGCAUCGGAUAGUCUGUCUCUUAUCAUAUCCGUACACAAAAACCAGCCAGAGGCUUGUUUCUCAGUUAGCAGUGCAAAGCAGCUGUAAGAUACCAUGGACUUGUGUGUCGAUCCUCCAAGCUGCGGGAUGGAUCAACGCCCCUGAGGUAGAGAGUAAUGACAGGCCGACUAAGAGCAGUCAACUGACUAGUAAUGCCAACUGUAUUCUUGCGUGUGCCGAGGGCGCCGUUUUGGUGGCAGUACCUGUGCCAGCAGAAGUAGAUCAGUUCAUAGAGAUGAUGGGGUGCUUUAAUCUAUUUGAUAUAGGUCCACACUGCAUUGCAAGAAAAAGAAGAAGUUUUGAUAGGAGGCUUGUAUAUGAUUCUGCCAGGCUAAUUAUAUUACAAACGCUUGACAAUACUUCCAGAGAUUACUCUGGCCUCGGCCCGAAAGCGGCCAACAUAAGGGGCUUUAAUAACCUGAUUUGGAGACUCAUGAGCGAUGCUGUAUGCUUGUGA